AUGGAGACUACCGCACGCGACCGCCCUCCUUCCCAGGACUAUGAUGUCGUCCCUGGAACAGUCUACAUCAUCGAACAGCCGUCAAUCUUAAAUGGUGACUCGAAGGCCGAGAUCAUCCUGAUACCCACGCCGGCUGAUGACUUGGACGAUCCUCUGCGUUGGUCUUCCUGGCGCAAGAGGUAUCACUUGUUCCUGCUUGUCAUCUACAGCACUCUCAUGACUGCCUUGGGCAACUGGGAAGCGUCCAUCUAUCUCAACAUUACGGAAGCUCUGGGCACUUCCGUCACUCUCAUGAACGUUGGCACAGCCUUGACUUUACUGAUGCUCGGUAUUGGCAACGUCUUUUUUACGCCUCUUUCCCACAAGUUUGGUCGCAGGUUCACCUACUUAUCAAGCCUGAUCCUCGCCAUCGCCAGUCAAAUUCGGCUUGCUGAGGCCCGGAACGCUGGCGACUUUAUCGGGGCUCAUGUCCUAUUCGGCUUCGGCCGUGCGCCGUAUGAAGCCUUGGUGGCGAUUUCCAUUGCCGAUGUCUUCUUUGCGCAUGAGAUAGGCCUCAAUAUGGGUAUCUGGGCCUUUGGCCUAUCAUUCGGAUCUUCCAUGGGCCCCAUCUGUUCUGGAUACAUGGUCAAGACCCUCCACUGGCGGUGGGUGUAUCGAUGGGGAGCCAUCCUCUGCGCUGUCGUCUGGGUGGCCAUGUACUUCACCCUCGAGGAGACUCGGUUUGUUAGGCCGCCCUGGCAGGUUUCGGGGCCUCUGGACGGGUCAAUUCCGCCGGCUGAGAGAGCCAGUUCCGAAGGUCUCGAGGCAAUUCACCAAGAUGUCAAGGCAGAGAAGAAUGGGCUUCACCACCGAAAUAGCAACACCACCGUCCACAAACUUGGCGAAGUCCUAGAAGCAAACUCGUUCAGGUUCCAGUUCAGCCUGUGGACCAUCUUCCCUGGCACUCUCCGGGACUUUAUCCAGCAAUGUUACCGACCGCUGCAGCUGGCUUGGUUUCCAGCCAUUUUCUGGAGCGGAAUCGAAUAUGGUACUUCUGUCUCUUGGAUUAGCGUUCUGGGCACAACUACUGCUGUCAUCCUUAGCCCUUCGCCGUACAACUUUGGCAAUGAUGCCCUGGGCCUCAUCUGGUUAUCUCCGCUGGUCGGUGGAUUAUUCGGCUCUUACUUCGCUGGUCCUCUCAACGAUCAGCUCAUGAUGUUUCUGUCUCGCCGCAACCGCGGCUGGCGCGAACCCGAGUUCCGCCUUUGGUCUUUUCUCCCAACAGCAAUCAUCAUGCCAGCAGGCCUCAUCCUCUACGGCGUUGGCGCCGCAAAAGGUCUGCCCUGGAUUGCUCCUAUCAUCGGUAUGGGGUUCGUGGGCUUCGGCCUGUCGGUUGCAGCGGCCCUGACCAUGGCGUUCGUCGUGGAUUGCUACACUGCCAUCGAUGGUGAGGCUGUCACGACAGUCAUCCUGAUCCGCAACAUCAUCGGUAGCGCCUUAACCUUUGGCAUUCAGCCUUGGAUUGAUAGUAUGGGGGUGCAGGAUACUUUUAUCAUGGUUGCCAUUCUGGCCUUUGUCAUCACUUUUGCAUCCGGGCUACUGAUUGUUUGGGGGAAGAAGAUGCGGCUUCUGACAAAGGCGGCGUACUUGGAUUUUGCUCGAGUAUCGGAAUAG